CUGAUGAGAUUGGCAAACAUUCUCACAUCCAUUACAGCGGCAGGUUUGAGACUAAAAACUCAUACAAGUAAAAUCUAAUUUAUUCAUUUAAUUUUUAGCCACCCGUCGAAGUCAUGUGACAGUCGCUGUCAGCUGGGCAGGACGUUGCAAAGAUGGUGAUAUACAGUGUGUAUGUGGUGAACAAGGCUGGAGGGUUAAUUUAUCAAUAUGAUAACUAUGUCCCGCGAGCAGAGGUGGAGAAAACCUUCAGCUACCCUUUGGACUUGGUGCUGAAGCACCACGACGAGAAGGUGGUCGUGUCGUUUGGACAGCGGGACGGAAUCAGAGUGGGCCAUGCAGUGCUGUCCAUCAAUGGAGUUGAUGUGAUCGGGAAGAACACAUCAGAAGGAAAGGACAUCCUUGAAUACCUGAAAGAUCCUUCAAAUUAUCCCGUGUCUAUUCGCUUUGGACGAGCGCGCCUGAGCUCCAAUGAGAAGCUGAUGCUGGCGUCCAUGUUCCACUCGUUGUUUGCAAUAGGUUCACAGCUAUCCCCCGAAGUCGGCAGUUCAGGGAUCGAAAUGUUAGAAACUGACGUCUUCAAACUUCACUGCUUCCAGACUCUCACAGGGAUAAAGUUUAUCGUGCUGGCGGACCCGCGACAGUCUGGAAUUGAUGCGUUGUUGAGGAAGAUUUAUGAGGUGUAUUCAGAUUUUGCCCUCAAGAACCCGUUCUAUUCUCUGGAAAUGCCAAUCAGGUGUGAGCUCUUUGAUCAGAAUCUGAAGAGUGCAUUGGAGGUAGCAGAGAAAGCCGGCAACUUUGGAGCUGGAUCUUAAACAGGGCAUUCACAGACUGAAAAGAAAUAAGUGGACUCCUUUUUCUUGUUUUGGACUGUUUUUUCCCACAUUUGCUCAUUAACACUUUGUAAAUACAUCGUUUUGUAAAUAAUUCAGAGAUUAAAAUCCAUACUGUAUUUAAAUGUUCUGAAUCCAUCUUACUGAAUCAGUGAGUGAAGACUUUGGAGCAUGAAGUGUAAAAUUGGAAAAAUAACCCUAGAACACUAAUGUGCAGUUUCUGUAACAGUAUCGCCAACGGUGGGUAUAUUUUACUCAAUAUACUUCCCAUCAAAAUACAUUAAAGUGCAACAAUACAUGGCAAAUUGAAGUACUCUUUUAUCCUGUACAAUGUCUGAUAAAAUAAGGUAUCAUGGGGUACUCUGAUCAUGUUGCUUUUUUAAAAAUAAAUGAAAAAACAAAGUCACAGGACUGAAAUUUGUGAAAAUCACCUGAUGUUAGUGUUAUAGGGUUAACUGAGAAAAAGUAUCAUUGACCUAAGAUUGCUCAUUUCAGUGUUUUGUAGCCUCCUAUUUUGCACUCUUACUAUUGCAGUCCUGCAGAGGCAUUAUCAGAAAAAACAUUGUCUAGCAAUUUGCAGUAAUUUCUUCAA